GUUUCGCGAGACCCGGACUCCAUCUCGCGGGUUUUCCAUUCGGGACCAGCUGCGUGAGAUUCGAAUAAUUUCUCCUCGCGUUGGAAGACCAAUUCUACCACGUUCACCACGAUGCUGCGGCGCAGUCUCGUGUUCUCUACCACAUCCACCAGUGCGACGCUGGCGUUGCAGCAAAGUUCCAAGAAUAGAAACGAGUACGCAAUACCGCUGGAGUCCUCGGGGCAAAUCGACUUGGGAGACCAGGAACGCAGGGACGAUGAAGAUUCCACACGGCCGCCAGGGAGCGCUUUGAUGAAGGAAAAACAGAAAGUGUUUGAAGGCGGCACGACGAGGACAGCAGAUAGAAGGUCCUCGUCUUCGAGUUCCUCUUCGACCACUACUAAAAGUGAUCCAACUUCUGCGCAAGCGGAUUUGAGGACAGGCGAGGCACAGACAGGAAAAGGCACUGCUGCUUCGAAAGCAUCCUCUGUAGUCACCACCAGCAAAAGCUCCAAAACGUCCAAAAAUAAGCGGAAGGAGCGACGCCAAGAGGCCGUAGAUGCGGGGAAGAAAUCAAUUCCAAAAAAGAAAAUGAUGCACGACGAAGUACUCGUGGAUCCGGAUGCGAGUACGUCUUUAGACGACACAAUCUCGGCGGAUGAUGCAGAAGAAGGUUUGGCGGCUACAGCAAGAAGAAGUGUUGAGCAAGUGAAGAAAGAUGAUAUCGCUAAUAUCGCACAGCAGGAAGGUAGAACCAAGAAUCAUCACCAGGUCGAGGACACGAUAAUUCCCCUCCAGGGAGACGAGGGAGACCAGGUCCAUCAUCCGGAAGCCGGUCUGCUCGACUCCAACUCCGGAACUUCAGGGAAGCUGCAAGCUGCGACCCAGCUGAAACACACGGUCCGGUCCAGGGUCGCUUCCACCAUGCACGAAUCCCUCGCGAAAGCCGGGAGCGAAGCCUGGUCCGCCACCUGGCACUACACGGUGAAAUUCGACCGCCCCAACGCCGACCACGCCGGCGGGGUGCUGUUCGUCGCCGGUCUCCUUCGGGACGAGGAUUUUCUGCGGGAGUUGCAGGAGCAGCUCGGGGCGGACACCACGCUGGCCACCGAGCAACCGGCCAUCAUCGAGGCCGAGGCGAUUGAGGCCGAGGAAGCCUGCGAACUGUCCAUCAAGUUGGCCGCCGCGGAGGCGGCCGAGGCCGCGCAGAAGGACCCGCUCCCGCUGGAAGCGCAGAUCUUGGUGAUCGUGCUGUGCCUUUUUCAAAUGGUUCUGACCGUCCACGUUUUGAUCACCAGCGACUUGCCGCCCCUGGAGCCGGAACCCGUCUACGAGCCGGAAAAGGAAGAAGUCAAGCUACGGGACGAAAGGCGGAGGCAAAUGCUGGUCGGAGAUGUCAUGCUGUUACUUGUGUAUAUUAUAAUAGAUAGGCAGACUACAGGGGUGGAGUUUGUUUCUGUUACUGUUUCUGUAUAUUUCCGCACUUCAUGCUGUUUCACCAUGGUGGAGCACAGAAAUGGUCAGCAUGACACGAGCACGACCCAUUUUUCUAGUUCAUACGCUGUCGAAGUCAAAGCUCCGGGCCCAGCGAUCGACCUAUCGAAAGUCCCCGGAAAGAAAGCGGAGGGGGAGGCGGAAGGUUCAAUGACUCAGUUUGAGUUUUUCUUGCGAGGACGCGACCAUCCAGCACGAUGACUAUAGGAUAGAUACUGAGACUCUUCUAAAUUCAUGCUUAUCUGCUUACCUGGCACUUACUCUUUAUUUCGGCUUUCAUCAAAUCAAGUCGCGCACGAAACAAACAACAAACAGCUCCCGAGGCACCGGUGAUCCAGGGUUCGGGCGCAGCGUUCAGCGGCGCUGGAUCCUCUGCGGUUGGCGGGUCGUCCGCUUUCGGUGGCGGCUCCUCUGCGAUGGGUGGCGGUUCUUCUGCCUUUGGCGGGGGAUCGUCCGCAAUGGGCGGGGGUUCGGCGGCAUUUGGAGGAGGUAUUAUUUAACAAUAUGUUCUUCCUGCAGUACAAACGCAGUUCUUGCAGAAAACGAAACCCUUUAUCACCCGAUCCUGAUUUUUUCUGACUCUGGAAUCUUGAAAUGCAUCUACAUUUGGAUUUUCUCUGUGCAGGCACAGACCAAUAUGUCUGAACAUAAUUACAGGCUCUUCUGCUAUGGGCAAAGGUUCAGCUGCUUUCGGCGGAGGAAG